GGUAAAGCACUUAGUUGAAGAUUGUCGAGGUGGAACCAUCACGCACACGGUAUGUUGAAGACCAGCAUCCUGCGUGAGGUGCGCAAGGAGAAGUACGAGCGCUCCGAUGUCGUCGAGGAGCCCAGCAGCCCAGAGACAGAGUCGGCUCCGGCCGGCGGGCCCUCUACAGCGACUGUCCCGGGCUGGGAGAGCCUGCAGGAGCUGAACAGCCGUUUUGCGCGUUACAUCAACCGGGCACGCGUGCUGGAGCAGCGCAAUGCUGUGUUCCGCAAGCAGCUGGAGACCCUUCAGCGCAUGGAGGAGGUGGCCGGACUGGAGGAGGCCUUCAGCGAGCAGAUCGGCGUCAACAGGCAGCGCAUCCGAGAACUGCUGUCUGACCGGGCCAAGCUGGAGAGAGAGCUGAAAGAUGCCGAACGCAUGCUGGAUGAGUACAACAACAGAUACAGAAAUGAGUGUGCAUACCAAGAGCAGAUGCGGCACACGCUGGAACAGCUCAAUAAGGAAGCCGACACAGUGCUAUUGAGGAAUCUUGAGUAUCAAAUCCAACUGCAGUUCCUUCAAGACGACGUCAAUUCUACCAAAGAGAGGCACAAAAAGAACCUUGCUGAAAUCCAGACGUAUCUAAACAUCCUGCAUCAGAUCAACCAGACUAUUCCCCUCAUGGCGAACGCGUCCGUCUCAGAGGAUCAGGAGCGGCUGAUCGCUCAAAGGCGGGUGCCGGCCCUGCGGAGCCAGCUGGAGGAGUACAAGAGCGCCAUCUGUCAGCUGCAGGCUCAGAAGCAGCGACUGCAGACCGAGACCUCUGCGUUGGAACAAACCAUCAAGACCACACAAGAGAGCUACGACGACGAGAUCCAGCUGUACAACGAACAAAUCGAGACUCUCAGGAAGGAGAUCGAAGAGGCUGAGAGAUCACUGGAGAAAUACACCAAUAAGUGUCGACAGCUGGCCAUAUACCAGAGCUCUCUGGAGAACGAACUCGAGCGGUACACGAGGAUCAUCGAGAAUGAGGACAACAGAUUGAAUUCAGCGAUAAUUGGGACACCUAUUACUCUCCUCACAACCAAUUAUAAAUGCACCCACAGUCCUAGCAUGAACAGGAAAGGAAAAGAUAUCACCCAAGCCAUCCAAGACAUCACCAACGUAAAGCCUCGUCAGAAGCACUUGGCUAAGAAAGUGUUUAAAAAGAAAGAGAUCACUUCCAAAGGAGCUAGUGGACUUGAGGAGAAGGCAGCAGAGGAAUUUGAGGAGGAAGAGAAAGAACAAGUGAUUGAGGAGCAGGGGGCGAGAAGAGAGGAGCAUGAUCCUCGUGAGGAUGUGCCUGAUGGUGCACAGAUCAGCAAGGCCUUCGACACACUCUGCAAUAUGAUACGUGAUCGCAUGAGACGGGUGAGGAGACCCGAGCCGAUCGCUGACUUCUUCACCAAGGGACGCUACGUACUAGUGACAGGUGACUCUAGCUACCUGGACCCCUGCUUCUGUUCGACCACCCCUUCUGCCAGUCACGUCUAUGUUACAAUCCAAGAUGACAUGAUGCCUUACGAUCCUUACUGGAAAGGUACACCUUCACCUCCCCCUACCCCCCUAUCUGGACCAACACCCCUAACCCCUUCCACACCUUCGGAACCAGAGAAGGGAAAAGACGAUGAAGACAGGGAGAAGGGUGGAAAUGGUGCGAAGGAAAAGUCCAAAAAUGGAGAGCCUCAUCCAAAGGUGAAAGAACCAGAACCAAGCCCCAGUCCACCACCAGGCCCUCAUGACAACAAAGGCCCCAGUCCUCCUCCAGGCCCCAGGCAGCCCUCACCCCAACGUGGCGGCAGGAACAAGUCCCCAGAGGAUCCCAAAAGUUUCCGAGGCCCUCCACCCAUGCCAUCGCACAGUUCCAUCCCCCCUGACUCCAUGAGUUAUGAGAAGGUCGAAGUAGUGGAGUCAGUGGAGAAGCUCUCGCCUGACAAAAAAGUGAAAGGCUAUGAAGAGACAACCACAGUGGUGGAGACCAUGAUCGAGAAGACUAGUAGAAAGAAACAUGCUGAUAGAUCUUCUUGAGCGAUGCCCGCCAAUGAAACAUUCCGAAAGUUCUAUCCAUUCUUGCCUCGGACCUGCUCCGGUUUUGCCUCCUGCCUGCCAUUGACGAGAUUCCUAGUGCUGCUGUUAACUUCCUGCACCAUUGCCUUUGGCCUUUACUGUCUGAAAACUUGGGAAGCCAAAAAUGAAUUGCCCCAUCUCCCCCCUCACACAAAAGAUGAUUAAGAACCGUGACAUGGAGAACCUUACUUGGCCGUUCCAAUUGGAUUCACAGGCUCUGUUCCAAAACCUUGUGAGCUGCCUUUGCAGCAGCAACUGGUAUUGAACUUCAUAAAUGGUUGACUUGAAAUGCUCUACCUAGGCAGCUACCUGUGCACAGGUGAAUCUGUGCUUUAAAAAAAAAAGAUUUCAAAAGAGUUUGGUGUUACCAUGUUGCAAAGCUAACAACACAAUGCUCACAAAACCGAACCAUAAAAAUUUAUGGCUUACAAAUACUAGGUUAAAUAGUACAUUUUUAGUUUUAUAUUUUAGAUUUUGCAUUUCCUCUUGCUUCAUUCACCAUCUUGGAUGGAUAUUUUUUACUCUGGGAUUGCCUUCUCUGCAAAAGAUACUUGCAAUGCUGCAAUUUUUUGAAGUCCUGGUAUCAUAAAAGGCAGCGAGCGAAAAGCUGCCUACCUUUUGGAACAGCAAUUGCAUCUGGUCUUAAAAUGCUGCCUAGGCAGGUAGUAUCCUAAGUUCUGGAACACAGUCAUACAUCUACCCCAUUAACAUGUACACUAUCACCCUCUUUUGCUCUUACCCUGAAGUCAAACUACAGCAAAUGUUUAGAGUUUUAUUUGCUAUUAUUUUGUUCAAUUAAGGAUGCCAGCAUUGCCCACCACAGUCUUGAUGUGUAAUAACUGCACCACAAAUAAACAUCGAAACCACAAA